CUCACUCCUCUCACCACGAUACCACACAUUUUGCGCUGCUCUACCCUCAAGAAGAAGCUUUCGUCAAAAUGGCUCCCACCACAAAGGCAAAGAAGUCCUCUCAGGACAACAUCAACUCCAAGCUGCAGCUCGUCAUCAAGUCUGGCAAGGUGUCUCUUGGCUUGAAGAGCGCCCUCAAAUCGAUGAGGAGCGGCAAAGCAAAGUUGGUCCUCAUCUCUGCCAACACUCCUCCGCUGCGCAAGUCAGAAUUGGAGUACUACGCCAUGCUUUCAAAGACUAGCGUGCACCACUACCAGGGAUCCAACGUUGCCCUCGGAACUGCGGCUGGUAAGCUGUUCCGUGUCGGCGUCAUGACCGUCCUCGACGCCGGUGACUCCGACUUGUUGAGCUCUGUGACUGCAUAAGCGCAGAGUCCGAACCAUCCUUCGCCACGUUCGCUUCUCGCUCCUUGCCCUUCCACUCAUCGAUGGGCUUUUGUCAUCACGAGGAUCUCCACCGACUUCAGCCCCUGUCGUGCGACUCCGCCUUGGAAGGCGUUGGGGCGUCUAAAAUCUUUGCGCACUAGACACCGAGGGUGCGCAUUCCUCCAAGCUCUAUGCACCUACACGAUCAACAGUCGCAAUCACAUGUAUCAUUUCGUCCAUCAGAGCGGAACAGAGGUCAACGCGUGUCGCCUUCGUGACGGAAAAAAAGAUAUCAGGAUGCGUGAACGGGGUGGAGAUGCAACUCGUUUGUGAGAGUGUCGACGGAUGCAGGUGUGGGGGGGAAUGCUAGCGCAGGCGGAAAAGCCAUCGUGGUUGGGCCUCGCAGGACUCGAUGCGCGACGAGACAUAUCAUGUAAAGAGCAGCGCGCAACGACUUACGAAGCUGUCAGGCUGCGCGCAAGCGAAUGGAC